AUGGCGGAAAUAGUAGGGUCAGCUGUGGCAAGUGAGGCAGUGAGCAGAGCAGUAUCAUCUUUUCUCUCCAGCGACAAAACUAGCCAGCAGGAGAGCGUGGAGGACAAAGCCGAGAGACUGGAGAUGGCGGUGCUGAAGAUCCGCAGCGUUGUUGCCGUCUCGGAACAUCUCCGCAUCUCCCACCUCCCGUUGCUGCAGUGGAAGGCGAAGCUAAAGCGUGUCGCUGAGGAAGGUGAUCAUCUUCUGCAUGUGCACAAGAAGCAAACCUUGCGGUGCAAUCGCGUCAGCGACAGUUCGUCAGGUAACUCGAUCUCUCAGUAUUUGAUUCGAGCGGCCAAACGCUUUGUUCCUUUUCGCCGCAAAGAAGAUGAGCUGAGGUUGAGUGACAGCACGCUGCGGAGGUUCGAGAUGCUCGCUGAUGGUGCGGACAGCUUCUUCAGGCUGGUAGAGUCUGGCGGCCACCCAAAGAAGUCCGUGUUUCUGCCGCCGCUAACCAGGGCGUUGUUUGCCGGUGAUUCAAUGGAGUUCUUGAUCCAAACAAAAACUGGCAAUGACCAUAUUAUGCUGUGGCCAUGGCAGGACCACCCGGAUGCUAAGAGUGGAAGUGGAUUGGAGGCAUGUCUCUUUGUCUCGCGUGAAGAUGAAGUUGUGUGGCAAAAAGGCUUCAAGAUGUGUGUUUUGUUCCGUCUAUCUGAGGCAUCCGACAUAGUGGCUAUUGCUAUAAGCUGCUUGGAGCUCUUGCCACCUCAAUUUGAUGCUGCACGCAUAGCCAUCGGUGGACUGUUAACUGAAACAAUAGGGCAAAGUGGUGACUGUUGCAGUUGCAGUCUUUCAGAAAGAUCGAAAUGGUGCUGUCGACAAAUUGAGAGUUAUCACCGUAAUGAUUGUGAGUCAUCUACGGGCGAUGAUAAGCAUAGAGGAAGGGCAGCCUUCCCCCUUGAGUUGGAGUGCCAUGUGUCCCCCUAUCUCUUGCCUGAGAAGCAUUCCAGCCAGUAUGAGCUCGUUGAGCAAGAUGUUAUCAGGAAGCUGCUGCCCAAUGUUACUGAUGGUUUCUACGAUGAUGAGAGACAAACGUUGAGUUACCAAAGGCAGAUCUGGAGCCCACAAAGCUCCAUGUAUUGCGCGGUUGCUCCAGCCUUUACACAGCCAUUGACGGCGUCGCAAGCGUACGAGAUGAAAUGUUCUGGUACCCGUAGCAGGACGAGGAGAACGGCCAAAACAAAAUCUCAAUCCAUUUCAAAGUUCCAAAAGAUUGCAAAAACAUAG